AAAGAGCCGAAAGUCGCAGAGGAGCGCGUCCUACUAGAACCUUGCUGAUAAGGAUUCAUCUAAAAAUCACCGUGCGACUAGAUAAGCAUUACUAUUUCAAAAUGGCGGACAAGCACAUUCUUCUCAGCCGCCGAGCUGCCGCCUUCACCUUCAGUCUCCUGCUAAUUUUCUUUAGUCACGUGACCAGCAUGUUGCUGGGCACAGAAUGUCCGGGAAGUUUUAACUGCACCUACAACGGUCACGUAUUCUGCCAACAUAUCCCGUGCCCUCUUCCGCCAUGUGACCAGUCUCUCGUAACGUCACCAGGUGACUGCUGCGCGCACUGCCCGUCCCAUGUAAGACAGUUAGCCGCAGACCCAUGCCCCUACAACUGCACGCAAGGCGGGGUCCACUACUGUUAUCCAAUUCCGUGCGCCAUGCCCCUGUGUGUUGACGGCAAAACCAGGCCGGGAGAGUGCUGCGCAUCAUGCCCCAAUGGACCGAAUUGUUCAGCACCGGACGGUCACGUGAUUCCUUGGAAACACUGGCGCGUGAUUGACGGCAAGAACUGCACGUGCGUAAUGCCACCACACUCUGCAGACUGUGUCUGAUUUGCAUGCUAGACACACAUGCGCAAAUAAAUUCCUUCGUUGUAAUA